UUGGAUUGGAUUUUGGGAUUGAGUGGGUUAGUUGGAUAGUGAGUUAUGGGCUUCUUCGGUUACUUUGAUGAAUGACAUGUUGUGUUUGGACAACAUUUGUUCGACUUUGGGUUUAGAAAGUUUGCAUUCUCUGGUGUUUAGAGUUUGUAAGGAGUUUUUAUAUGGGGAUCUACUGAUGGCUUCUAUGAUGUUCUCAAAUCUUUCUGGAUAAUUCCCCCAGUCCAUUGUUACUUUAGAGUCUCCUCAACAGUAAUCUAAACUUAAAUAUGUGGUUUUAGUUGGCUUAGAUCCAAAAUCCAUUUUUCUUUAGUAUGGACUUUACAAGCAUGAAUUAUUAAUCUUUCAGAAUUUAUAGAUUUUUGGAAAACAGCUUCUAAAUCUGUAGGAGUAAAUUCAGAAUAAAAUUAAUAUAUUUCUUUUGUGAUUUUUGGCAAGCUAUCUUUUAGCCCAUUGAUUACUUUUUCUAUCCUACCAACAACUCUGCUCAAUCAUUAUUCAAACACAGAAGAGGAAGUUUAUCAGGAAUAGAAUGCGCCAAGAACUAGUCAAGACUUUCUAAAGGAAUAUCUUUGAUGCUUUUAAUAUAUACCCUCUUGAUUAUUUGGGAGUUUAACUUUGUUCUGUGCAUAAGCUUCAAUCAAUUUCCUAUGCUUUUCAUUGCCUUUGAGUGUUUCAAGUUUAGCAUUUGAGUCGAAAGUCUUGGCUUCUCCAACUAUAUCUUUGUACAUGGCUUCGCAGAGUGGACCUUUAAUGUGCUGCAAAAUACCUUCUUUUUGAUCCAACUCUUUUUGGCUCUUCUCGAGAGCUUUCUGAAGGUCUUCAUGCUGGGUUUUGAGUUGAUUAUGCCGAAUCGUAAGAGCAGAAAGUUCCUUCUCAAAGUCUUCUUUCUGAAUUUGUUCUCUCCCAAUCAGGUCUUGCUGUUCUUUUACUUUGUUGUUGAGCUCGUUCACUGCUCUUUCAAUAGCUUUGACCUUUGCUUCAGAGUUCUUGUUAUUCUCUUGGAGAUCUUGGAUCUGUUUCUGGCAUUUAGCCUCAGUUCUCUCUUUGAUAUCUUUUGUCUUCUCUUGAAUUUCCUUCUUUGUUUUGGCUUCAAUUUGGUCUUUGAACUCUGUGGUUACUUCUCUGACAGUCUCCUCAAAUUCUGGGGAUUUUCUAAUUGACUCUUUCUGGACAGCACCAAUCUUGCUGUAAGUUAGUCCCACCAGCUCGCUGUCGAACAGCAACCUCAAGUUCAGAUUGGAACCUUGCUCGUAGUUUCCUACUCUUCCAAAGUUGCCUCCAAGGAUAU